AAUAUAGAGUCCCUGGGACUGCAGAGUCCCAAGCUAUUGUGCGGUCUGCAGAAGGCUGAGGAAGAGACCUAAGGGCAAAAGAAUGGCAUCAGAAGGGGAAAUCAUCAACCUUCAAGCAGGGAAUCCUGGAUCAAGGAGGGACAAUCCAAUCAACAUCAACCACUAUGCAACUAAGAAGAGUGUGGCAGAAAGCAUGCUGGAUGUGGCGCUGUUCAUGGCCAAUGUCACACAACUCAAAGCGGUGCUGGAGCAGGGGGUUUCAUUCCAGUAUUAUGCCACCCUGAUAUCGCUUAUCAGCAUCUCUCUCUUCUUCCAGGUGGUGAUUGGAAUUCUUCUUAUCAUCAUUGCUCGGCUGAACCUGAACGAUGUGUCAAAGCAACAUCGCCUGAAUGUGCUCAAUAACACUGCCACGGCUCUGAUCUUCAUCACUGUCAUCCUCAACAUCUUCAUCACUGGCUUUGGCGUGCAGAAGACUGGUCUCUACCCUACCAGGAGACAUUACUGAGGCCUGGAGCACAAGGGAAUCAGGUUGUGUGUGUGGCACCAGCUUUAGGGUCCCUUCUUUCAAUUUUUUUUUUACUGACCUCAGCAGAAUCCUACCAGCUGAGUGGAGACAGAGAACUGAAUUACUCUUUAAAAAUUGUUUGCAAAGUAUUUUAUGCAGGUUGUUUGUAUAAAGCAUGUGUAGCUUUGCAGGAAUGAAAUUUCCACUGAUUUUUUUCAACGCUAGUGCAAGCUGUGCAGUGGUUUCUAGAAAGCUUCACAAAAAGUUGCAAAAAAGCACUUUCCAAACAUGCUCCUGUGCACAGGUAACAACAAACUUUUCUCUGAUUUUAAUUCUCUGCUUCUCAUAUUCAGUAUUAACUAAUUUUAUACAGGGGGCCGAGUUCCAGGCUGAGUUAUAUUUAUUUGGUAAGCAAAACUAACCAUACCCUGGCCAGAUAUUUUGUAACUGGCAACACUUAAAGUAACACUAUCGAACAGUUUAUGUUUCAAAUAUAGGUUGGUUGGUUGGUUGUUUUUGUGGGAGGAAAGGAGCGGGUGAGUGUGUUAUGAUGACUAAUAGGAAUAAAAAUGUUUUCUUCAAGGUUGCUUAAAAAAAAUCAAAUGAGAUGUUUUUUGAAAACCAUUGAACAUUCCUCUGCAGUGCAGGAAACUUAAGCCCCACAGCAAAUAGAUACUUAUGCUUAGAUACCACCACAAGGACCUUGUUAGAAAUCCUCUAUGGAUAACAUGGGGGUACUGUAGGAGAAAUAGGAAAUGAAGCUGACUAAACACAGAAAGUGAAACAGACCAGUCUAGCUUCACUUGUCUACAUUAACUGAAGUGCAAAAAGUAAACAAACAGCAUCUACACAUUCAAGAGCAAACUGGGUUUAAACCUUUUUUUGGUGUUAUAAUUAAAGGUUAUCAGUAACAGGUAUGCUGUUAAAUACAUGAUUUUUAUCCUGCUAGUCCUGAUGAGAAUUCUACUGUAUUAGAAAGUGGUUUUACACAACCUCAAAGCAGUAAUUUAAAAAUAAAAAAAGUUUCUUCAGAUCAUUCUGAGUUAUUUAGCAGGUUCUUUCUGGCAGCCUGAUUUUUGGAUUAUUGGUGUUACACUCAAAAAUUGUAUACUUUUGACUUGUCAGUUAUUUGCAUACUUGAGUACUAUGUUUUCCUGUUUAUUAAAUGAUUUUUCACUCAAAGGCAGAGUCAGAUUUCAAUAUGGGUGAAAUCCUACGUAUCCAAGAAACCGAUAGAAAAUUCCUAAGGUUGACAUCAUGCACAUUCCCAUCACAGCUGGAUAGGAAAGGCAAGGCAACGGCAAUUGCAUGAUGAUAUUCACAUAUUCUCCUCAGAAGAGCUUCUAAGAGAUACUGGAUACUGCUAAUAUGGUCGUUGCUGACAUGACUUUGGCUGGUGUCACUGUUUACCUCCCACAAGCUGAGACGACCUCCUAUGUGUUUGACUUUUCAGAUCUCCUUCCAGAAAUCUACUCUGUUGCAUUUCAAUUUAAAUCGGAGGUAUUAUCGUCAUCCUGGAGACAGGGGCAAAUGACAUUUCUAUAGUGUGUUCCACCCACAAGUUAGCUGACUAUAGAAAUGCUGAGGCAUCAUUACAUUCCUAACUCUCCAGUAAUUAAUCUUAUAGGAUAUUGCCUACUGAUCCUUCUGAGGGUUCUUCUAUAGGCCAAAGCCCUAUGGUGAGUAUUUCUUAGUAGUAGCCAUGACAGACUGUUUAGAUUUUCUUGCUUCAGACUAUACACACAAUAAUAUUAAUGAUUACUUUGUUGUCAUCCACCUGUGGUUAUUUUGCCCAGGGGUAACUAAAGCUGCCUCAUCUACGUGCUAGAGGCACCAUCUCUAAAAGUUAGAGGGUUGUUUGUUCUCUGUGCUUAUUUCACUCCUUGGACUCUCUAUGGAGGCAGCCAAGAAGUUGCUAGCAGGCACAGCAGUGAGGAUUUAUGAGGUCGAUAUUUCCCCACUAGCAGCUACAGUGUGAGGGUAUUUCAAACAGGCCACCAAGGAACUAUCAGGUCAUGGCUUUCAACUACUACUGACCUGACUGGGUUUAGGCAAAGGUGACAAGCUUCAUAUCCUUCUCUCAGGUGCCAAUCCACCCACUCCCUCAUGGCCACAGCCUGCUCCACAGAGCCAGGGGCUGAGCAGUAAUGGCUGAAUGUCAAACAAAUGACUCAACAGAGGUGGAAGAGUAAACUUGGAUGGCCUUCUCUCUCACAGAGAUGCCAAGCCAUGCAGUGCUGCAUGUGAGGCAUAUUUGUGUGGAGACUGCUUCCCAUUACUGAACAUGACACAGCAGGAGACGAGCACACAGUGGGCAGAGGUGGUCUGCCCUUUAUCACCUCUCGAUCAUGGAGUCAGAAGCACUGGCACUCCUGGCUGCCUUCUCACUUCUAUGUAUCAGACCUCAGCUCUGUUCUGAGCUGCUUGCACUCCCGUAGGCAGCAGGGAGGUGGUUGGUUGUUUUUUUUUUAAACCAACCUUUUAA